AAGCAGCUUCAGUGAGCGAAGCAGUGAAGGACAUGUGCCUCCUCAUCAUCACACUGCAGCAGCCAGAGGAACACACAGUUCUCCUGUCCGAGCUCUCCAGGAAACAUCAUCUUCAAACGUCGGAGCCAUGAUCAAGAGGAAACUGAGUCUCAAGUGGUUUGGGAGCCUCACCAAUCUCUCCGCCCGCCGCUCCUCAUCCCCGGGCAAAAUCCAGGCAGCCCCAGAGCAUGAUGGGAGCCUCUGUGGGGCCAAACCAGCAGCAGCUGGGGACCAGUCAGUGGACGACAUGGAGUCGUGCCUCCACAGCCCCGGCUACGCCCGCUCCAGUGACAUGUACACACAUGUGGGCACUGUGCCCCGCAGCGAGAGGCAGAAGAAGAGCUUCAGGGGUCUGAAGGAAAAGAUGAAGAGGAGGAAAGAGGAGGAGGAGGAUGGGGGGGUGAGUGGAGGGCAGGGCCAGUGCAAGGCGGGGGAACAUGUCCCAGACUCCCUCCUGCUCAGUGCCCUGUCCAGCCUCACUGUGACCAGUCCGGACCGGCCCCUGCCUGCAGCGUGCCGGCCGCUGCCCGCCACUCCGUCACCCAGCCCAGCCUCACCUUUGACCUCAGGCCCCGAAGGCUUCAGUCGUCCUCCAGGAGAACUCGAUAAGAGCCGAGACGCACCGUCGAGGAGCAAGGAUGCUUUAGAAACCAGUAGACCUGUGAAAUAUCCAUCGAACAUGGGCACUAACGGACCCAAAGUGGCUCCAGCGCAGGAUGUGUACGUCCCGAUGGACCCGAUUACUGAGGCAGCUCGAGACGACCCAAGAGGGAAGCAGCAAAGAGACACAGCUCAGGAGCCCAAGAGCCCGGGGGACGUGAGGCCGGGUCACGUGACAGACGGCAGUGGAGAGUAUGUGAAGUUCUCCAAGGGGAAGUUCUGGUUGGAGCCGCCGUCAGAGACCCAGAGGAAGCAGCUGGAGGAGGAGCUGAAGCUGAGCGGCACGAACCUGAGGAGCAACGUCUGGUACCACGGACACAUCCCCUGGGAGGUGUCGGAGAGCCUUGUGGGGAAACAUGGCGACUUCCUCAUCCGAGACUCCCAGUCCAGUCAGGGAGACUUUGUCCUCACCAGCCACUGGGAGGAGAAGACGCUUCACUUCCUGAUCAGGAAGACGGUGGUUCAGGCUGGUGAGACGUUCACCCGGGUCCAGUACAGCCUGGGGGGGGGGACCUUUGACACCAUACAGGCCCUCGUCCACUUCCACGUGGGCAGCCGGGCGGCUCUGACCCCGUGGAGCAGCGCUCAGAUCCAUCAGCCAGUUCACAGGACGCUGCCACUCAGUUACCUGGAGACGGCGUUCUGCACCGUCACCAGCCAGCGCUCCGACCCCGGGGGGCCGAGGAGCGGCAGCUCGGGUGGAGAGGACAGGGUCCGUCCCAGGAGUCCUUCCUCUCUCGUCCACAGGGGGACAGACAUGAGCAGAAGACAGGACGAGCAGACUCUGUCGACUUCAGGAGAAUCAACUCUCACUUCUCCAAACAUCAACACCCCACGGUCCAGAAGCCCUUGCUACCCCCCGACCACCCUUGUGGCACCAUCUCCAUCCUUCUCCAGGAGCUUGAACACCUCUCAGCCCACGUCCUCUCCGAACAGCACCCUCAACAGACAGCGUAACAACAGAUACCAUCAGAAGCAGGACCCUCCGUCCUCUGAUGGAGACGGAAGCUGCUACACGGAGCUGUACCCUGGCCCUCAGAGCUAUGUGGAGAGGCUGUGGGCAGAGGAUGGGUCGCUGGGCGUGGAUCCACUGAGGCUGGAGGACGGGAACGUGUACUUUUCACCCGUAGUGGAGGCGGUUUCUUCUUUCAAACCGAGCAGGUACAAGUCCCCGCUGAUGCCUGAACAGAAUAAGCCUUUGGAGGUCGGAAUUCUGCGAAGAGUGAAGGAGCUUCUAGCUGAGGUGGACCCCAGGACCGCAGCCAAACAUAUCACCAAGGCCGACUGCAUGGUGGCACGGAUUCUGCCGGUGACUCCGGAGGUGCAAAGGAUGAUGGGAGUCAGCUCUGGGAUAGAGCUGCUCACGUUGCCACAUGGCCAGCAGCUGAGACUGGACCUGCUGGAGAGGUUUCACACCAUGGCCAUCAUGUUGGCGGUGGAUGUGUUGGGCUGCACCGGGACAAACGAGGAGCGAGCCGGUCUGCUCUACAAGAUCAUCCAAAUCGCAGCCGAGCUCAAGAGCACCAUGGGAAACAUGUUUGGUUUUGCUGCCGUCAUGAGAGCUCUCGAGCUGCCGCAGGUGUCUCGUCUGGAGCAGAUGUGGACGGCGUUACGACAGCGACACACAGAGGGCGCUAUUCUCUACGAGAAAACUCUAAGGCCGUUUAUGAAGAGCCUCAAUGAUGGGAGAGAAAGUUGUCCGCUGUCCAACACCACCUUCCCCCAUGUCCUCCCCCUCUUGUCUCUGCUGGAGAAGAGUGUGGUGGUGGGUGAGGGGACGGAGCCAUGGGAGUCGGCGGAUGUCGGCAUGGACGUGGUCAUGUUCCACCUGGGGGCGGCGAGGACCAUCGCACAGCUGGGGGGCAUCUACCAAUCCAACGCUCAGAGCAAACUACAAGGUUUCCAGGAGCAGGCCGAGGUCAUGGAGCUCUUCCUGACCGACUUCCAGCUGAGGUUGCUGUGGGGUAGCAGGGGAGCCCCGGAGAGCCAGGCUCUACGAUACACCAAGUUCGAGCAGGUGCUGACGGCCUUGUCCAACAAGCUGGAGCCGCCUUUCAGAUCACACUGACCUCAGAUCUGGACGAGUGGCCUGUCGCAUUCUCCCCAAUGGAGUCUGUUCUCAAUGAAACCUAACUCAACGGCACGAUGGUGUUUUAAACAGGGAGGUUCCUGCCCCAAAUGCACACGAGUGGCAGUUUGACUUUAUUUAUGUAGAGAUGACUCUGAUCAAUGCAUCGUCUCUUGAGAGGGGAAGCAAACCUUCCUGUCGCUCUAUGAUUCAGAUUCCUGAUGAAACUUCAUUCAGAAGGACGAUAACAAGUGUCAAAGUGGUUCUGAUACUUAAUGGUUUGUUUUUGUACCAUGUUUGAAACCAAGCCCGACUGGUCCCCCCCCCCCCACAGUCAAGAGUUGAGAAAUGGACGUCCAGAACCAGAGAGCCAAGAUCAUUCAAAGACUUUACAACUGAUCAGUUAUUCCUUUAGAACAUAGAUUUCUCUGUUUCCCUGGAAUACUGUUAAAGAUGGAGUGAGGUGAAGGAGAUGGAAAUGAACUGACCCUGAAUACAAUGGUACAUCCCACAGGUACACAACAUUUCUACAACCUUACAUAGUGUUAAAGUCUAAUCUGUAUAUAUAAUAUACUACUCUGCAUUUGAUUAGCCAUAUCCAGGUCCAUCGGUGCAACAUUAAUAUGUUAAUGUAUCUUACCAGAGGACUUCAUCUGUUCCACAUUGAACUCAAUAUUAACAUAUCAUAUCAGAUAUGAGUGUAAACAUUUGGUUUGGUGCUUUUGUUCCUGAGAUGAGGCUGAGCCUCUGUGUGUCGAUUAAUAUAUACAAAUGUUGUUGAUCUUAAGGCUGGACCUUCCACUGAAUUAACAAGUUCACCAACUGUAUCUUAUAUUAUAAAACCAAAUAACAUAAUAACAUUUUAUCUGCAUUUAUAAAAUUGUAUUAUUUUACAUUUUGACUACUGUAAUGUGUUCAUAAAGAUAUUUCUACUAUCUUCA